AUGACGAGUGUUUGAAGAAAGUCGACAUAUUAUGAGCGAAUUCAGAUAUCUUAUUUAGGACCGUGGAAGCGCAUUGGCCAAAGAAGUCUAUUGUUUUUAAAACAAGCGUUAUUCAUAAUUAUACUUUAUUAUUCGCAUUCAAAGGCUCAAAUGCUGAGUGUUUGAAGAAAGUCGAUGUUACGAGCAAAAUACAGAGAUCUCAAUCUAAAUCCAAUUCGUGCUGCUAAUUGAGACCCGCUAAAGGAUCAAUUUUGGGCGGUCCCAACUAGAGUAAAAGGCAAGAGUAAAAUUACCAAAAACAAUAGAUGGAAAAUUAAGAACUGAAGACACACACGGAAAAACGACUACAAAAACGGCGAGUCGUUUACCAAUCGAAGUCGUGGGAGGGAAAAGUAUUAGGGCCGAUAUACAAGCCACACUAGGAUCACGGAGGAAGUUGUUUACGUUGAAACAAGGUUCUACCACGGAUAUGCAGACACUAGUGCUUUGAACUGAGGGGAAAAAACGACAAACAAAAAUGGAACCAAAAUCAAACAGCACUACUAAAGGUGAUGACGAUAACUACAGCAAAGAGUUCGUAAUUGGUACUGUCGUUUGUCUUACCAUAGCAGCUUUCGUUGGGUUAAUUGGAAACGGACUUCUCGUAAUCAUGAUAACUAAAGCACGGAAGCUUCAGUCGGUCAUGAAUCGUUUUAUCCUCCACCUUGCGAUAGGAGACUUGAUCGUCUGCGUCAUAUGCAUACCGCUUUUCUUGGCUAUCAACUUCUACUUUCAGAAAAACAACCAAGAGUGGAUCUGUAAAUUGUCGAGGUUUCUUCAGUACCUGGCUCCACAAGGGUCUAUGAUGUUACUCAUUACGAUAGGAAUAAACCGCCACCAAGCGAUUGUUCAUCCUCUGCGAGCUAUGACCUACAGCACGGCCAACAGGUUCAUUUUUGGGGCGUGGCUGUACUCCUUGAUUGUCGUGUCACCAAGUAUAUACCUCACUAAAGUGCAGCACCAUAUAAACCCUUCGACUAAUAUUACUGAACCUUACUGCGCCACUAUCCCUGUCUCGACCAAGCCUGGCUUGAUGUACGUGCUGGCAUUAGCUGUUCUAGGCUACUUCAUCCCUCUAACGACCCUCGUAGUGUUGUAUACUAAGAUAUCGUACGCUGUAUGGAGAAGAGACAACAAGAAUAAUACCCAAAUGAGGACCUCGCGCCCCGCUAAAGCAAUGAUGAGAAGUCGAAAGAAGGUGAUCAAAAUGUUUUUGACGGUAAUCGUGGUCUUUGUAAUAACAUGGCUGCCUUUGAUUAUCUAUAUCGGAGGGUUAGAGAAUUAUUUGUACAAAACAUCCCCGCGGAUCAGUCGAGUGAGGUUAAUAGUUUACUCCAUUGGACUCUCGAACUCAAUCUACAAUCCGUUUAUAUAUUCUUUCUUUAAUAAAAAAUUCAGAGAAGGUUGUAAAGGAAUAUUUCGAAGCUCUUUUCUAUUCAUCAAAAAUCCGAUGAUGAAACGCGAGGGAGCGAACGAUUCACCCAAAACUGUAAGAGGUGGUGUUUCUCUGAGUGCUAAUAAUACACCAAGAUUGGAUCAGAAGUUUUCGAAAGACAAGGAAUGGCAGAUUAAAUACAGCGUUGAAGCAGUUCGCGGUCACAACGAAGAAAUUGUCAUGAUAGACAGUAAACAUAACGUGAAGUUGAUUGACCUCAAGUCUACUGGUGAUCAUACCAAUAUUGAUCACAACGGAAGUGACUUUGAUCAACAGAAUUAUGGAAUGACUCAUUCGCCGACUAUUGCAGCGAUUCACAAUACUGAUGAAAAACAAGUCGAAAACACGAAUACAGAUUCAAGGACUAGACCUAUAACAACAGAAAUACCACCAACACCUCAGCAUACCCGUCCACAAGGACGGACAAGACGAACAAAUAAAAAGAAACUUUUUAAGAACUUAAGUGAAAGAACUUUAGCAAUUCGCAAGCCGAGUUCCCGCGAAGGAAAGCCGACUCAAAAACCUAAAUUGCGUAAAGUAAUGAGUGCUUUUCCUACGGGAACCAAAGGAAGUGAAUUGGAAGAUGAUUUUGACAGCCUUUUUUAAUUUAGAAGUCAAUCCGCCCAAAUGUGCUACCGCUUUAUAUAGAACAUCCGUAAACAAAACCCUUAUUACUGCAAACAUUUAUUUAAAAAAAAAUCAAUUUGCCCUGUAUUUACUGAUGAUCAGAAUGUCUAUAUCAUUGAAAAGGACAAUCAUGAUGGUUUAACCUGGUUUUAGUUCUCCCAAGGCUCUGUUCCUGCUACAAGAAUAUGUAAAAACCUUGUGCUGUUGCUAAGACCACUGACAACUCCCAACAAAGAAUCCUUUUUAAACUGA